AUGGAGGCUAGGGAGUUUUGUACAUAAAGCUGCUCUCAAAAUAAAUUAUAUUAGGUAGAAGAAGCUAUUUUAGAUAGACUUAAAAAGUCAACAAGCUGUUUAUUAAUUCAAAUGAUAGGAAAAUAAAUUCGAUUUGAAUGGAUAAAUUAGUCUUUUCAAUAUGAAAAGUAAAGCCUUAAGAGUUAAUAUAAAUCUUUAGAUGGCGAAAAUAACGAAGAGGCAAGUUUUUAUUGUUUUGAUAAGAUCAAAAAUGAAUAAGUCAAACAUUAAAAGAAGACUAUAAAGUUGAAUAAAGAUAUUUACUAUGAAAUUUACAAAUAUGAUAAUAAGUAAGAAAUUUAUAGAGUCAGCAAAAUCAAAGACAAAUUUAGCAUGAAAGAUUUCAUGAAUAAAAAUAAAGUAGGUCUUUAGAACUUAUUUAAUGGUUUAAGUAGAAAAAACAUAGAAGAAAUAGUUGUAUAAAGUGAAGCUUUAAUAUAAAGAUACAGAUAAUGUGAAUAGGUAUUAUUGCUAGGAGGUGGAACUUGUGCUGGAAAACCUAAAAAGUUUUAAGAGAACCACUUAAAACCUGUUUUGAAUCAAAAAAAAAGUAUUUUGGUUUCAGAAAAUGAAAAAAAAGAAAAUAAGCAGCAAGAAAAGAUAAUUGAAGAAUAUACUUACCAGUUGAAUGAAGAGUAAUUAGAAAAAGUCAACUCAAUUUUGGCUAAGCUUAGAUUUUAGUCUCCUUCUUAGGACAUUAACAAUAGAUUAGCAUCUAGUACUUACACAGAUAUUUAUGAAUUAUUUUCUUAAGUUUUAUAAUAAGGAAUAACAAAUCCUCAAGCUCUCUAAACUUUUCAGUUAAUAUUAGAAACAGGAGUUAAUUUUUUAUUGUCUCUUGUUUGCCUCGCAGACUAACACAAGGCAGAUUUAUUUGACGAGAAAAUGCAAAAGCGUAUUCUCGAUAAGAUAAAAAAAAUUACUUAGCUGCUAAGAUAGUUUGAAUAGAGAUUACCUUUACAAAUAGGUAUAUUUCUCCUUAAAUACUAAAAGAAAAUAGUUUUGUUAAAAAGAAAAUAGGUUCAUGAUACUUCUUCUUAAGCAAAUAAUAAUAAUAAUAACAAUAACAACAAAAAUAAUAAUAAUAAUAAUAAUAAUAAAUAAAAAAUCAUAUAAUUAGAUUAGUUUGUUAUGGACUGGACAAAAUACUACACAAGAUUUUGCUUUGGUGGAUUUUAGGAUGUUGAUUUCAAUCAUGUUCAAAGUCUCAUCAAUUCUUUGCAAAUCUAUUAUGAAUUCAACAAAAACUAGAAAUUUGUUGUCUAAAUACUGAAAACAGAGUAUUCUCUUAUCACGAAUUAUCAGGAUGUCCUAUAGAAAAAAAUUUAAUUUGAACAAUAUUAUGAAGCUAUUUUGUAGAAUUAUGAAGAAAAAGAGUUUUAUUAAAUUUUUUAUUCUUACAUGAUGUUAUUUGAUUAGAUUUUUGAAAAUUGCAAAAAUUUAGAAGAAACUGAUAGUAAUGAUUCUAAAAUAAAUGAUAUUGCAGAGUUGGCUUCUCACUUCAUUAAACUUGUCUCAGGUGAUACUUUUAUAGAUCUCUGCAGAAAGACAUUUUACUAUGAGAACCUCUAGCAGCAAAGCACAAGAAAAAAAUUUAUAAACUCCUUACUUAAAAACCACUACUUAAGGUAUGUUGAAAUGAAAGUUCUUAUUUAAACUUAUAAGUUAAUUAGCAUAUUUGAAUUAAAGCUUAAUAUGUCAAAGUAUUUUUCAGAUUCUGAUAUCAAAAAUAUUGAAUAACUAAAAAUGCAAAUUUUUGAGAAGUUUCUCUAGGAAUCGAGCUGUGAAAUUAAUUGCAUAAUUUAUGAUGAUGAGUAACUGCUUAAGUUGAUAGAGAACAUAGAUUCAUCUCUAGAUGAGUCAUAUUUCUAAUAAUACAAAGAAAAGCUCAAAAUUCUUAAACAAAAUAUGGAAAAUCUAAUUAUAGCUAAUAUAAACAAUAAUGUCAUUGAAAAUGUUAAUUAAGAGAAAGAAUAAAAAAUGAUAUAAGAAUUAUUAGGUCGAAAGCUUAAUUUCAGUUUAGUCAUUAACGAGCCAAAAACAGCCAUCAGCAAUAGAUUCAUUGAAGCCUUCAUCAACAGAGUUGCUUCAAAAAGAAAUGAUUCUUUGCAUGAGAAAGCUUCUAAAAUUCAUGUUAAUUAAAGAUUAAAGUUUAUCUCAAGUAAUGCUCUAUCUAAAACGGAAAUAAACAUUGACGGAUUAGUUGAAGAUAGUCUUCAAAUGCUGGAAAAAUAUUUUUUAGUUGAAGCUAAUACAACUAUCAAUGUUGUUGCUAUAAAAGGUGGUCCUGGAAUGGGAAAAACUCAUUUAAGCAGAGAAUUAAUGAGGAGACUGAUGAAAAAAAUUUAAGAAACUGGAAGCAGAAAUAUUGCUAUACCAAUUUUGGUGGAAAUGAUUGAAGUUGAGAAUACUUCAUAGCACCUAGAUCUUGAAUCUUUCUUAAAUAGCUCGAUUGAAAGAUAUGCAUUCAGAAGUAGCAAGGAAUUAGAAUAUCUCAAAAAUUCUUCUAUUCCAAAAGUUAUCAUUUUAGAUGGUUUGAGUGAGUGGUCAUGGGGUAGUCCAAAUACCUCGUUUAGGGAAUGGAUUCGAUUGAGAGAGUGGAAUAAUACAAAAUUAAUUAUAACAUAUCGAAAACCAUUUGUUAGAGCUGAAGAAUUUCCUUACUUUUUUGGAUAAAAAUGUCAACAGCCCAAAGAUAUUGAGGAAAUCAGAGCAUAUAAAAAAAGUAUAAAUAAUCCAGGCCCUUUUAUAGAAAACCAUAAAAAUACUAUAUUUACUACAAACUAGAAUAUUCCAAAAUAGAACGCCAACUUUUAGGAAGAUGAUCGUGAAACUUGCUUUGAGGUAUUUUAGAUCCUUUCUUUGAGCCAAGAGAAUGUGGAGGACUAUGUGAGGUAAAAGGAAGAUUAAGUUAGAUUAGAUGUGAAAGGAAAGAGGAAAGGAUCUUUUUCUCUUGAUUCAUCUAUGGUUAGUAAUAUGAAUAAUAAUAACCGUCGUAGAGAACCUUCAUUUACACUUUAAAUGCAAAGAGAUUUAGCACCUGGAUUUUUAAUUAAAACUUUUAGAGCAUGCACGAGAAUAAACACACAUUUAAUAGAUAUGCUAGAAAUUCCUUUUAACUUAUUUUGUUUCUCAGAAAUUUUGUCUAAGGUUUAAGGCUUGAAGGAAAUUUAUUGGGGAGAAGGUGGUACUAAAGAAGAGAGACAGCAAGCAGCUACAUGGGUGAAAAACUAAGAAGAAAUGCAAGAGAAAUUGCUCUUAGAAGAACUGAAUGGUUUAAUUGCAGAAGCUGAAAUUGAUGAAGAUUAAAGACCUCUUUGUCUUGACAAUUGCAUUGAAUUUUUUGAAAAUUUAGCUAUGAAUUUAUUUACUAAAAGAAAAUAUAAGAUGAAUCUUCAUGAAAUUCAAAGCUUAAUAUUAGAAUAGUAAAGAAUUAUUAUGAGAAGUGGUGGAAGUCCUGAAGAAACACAAACUUUUGAAAAAGCUCUUACUUGUGUAAUUGCUAAUGCAUCUAGGACUUCCUUUUUAGCCUCUGUUGACAUCUCCUUCUUUUAGUUUGUAACUGGAAACUUUGAAGAAGAUGAAACAGUCCAAAAUCAUGAAGUGCAGUCCAUGAGAGAUUUCGAGAUGAACUUAAAUCAGCCUAAACCCAGAGGGCAUAAAAAUUUGCCAUCGUCAUCUUAGCUUUACAGCUUUAGAAAUACUCCUUGGCUUGAAUUUAUGAUUGCUCGUGCUAUGAAACAUGAUUUUGACAAAUCAAAAAAUACAAUCCACAAUAUACCAAUGUAGGAGUUAUAAAAGUUCGCUAUAAAUAGUAGAUAUUUGCUUGAAGAGAGAGGCACAAGUGAACACAACCCCUUUUCUAUUUCUCAACAAACAAAUCAUGCUUCAGUCGAAAUGAACAUACUAAGGAAACUAGCCACUAUAAUGAGAAACGACAUUCUAAGUGAAGAAUUUUAAAAUAAAAUUAUGAAUAAAGAAAUAGUUUAAUAGCACAGAUAUAUUUAAAUGAUCAUGCGUACUCGCAGAAUGCCUAAAAAAAAGUAAGAACAGAAAUAAAAAAUUGUUUAAAAAGUUCACUAUCUUCAAGAAAUAAAGUAAGAAGAAAACACUGAAGAAGAAUGGGUAAUCAAGCAUCAAAAACAUCCAUUAGAUAUUGCUUCAUCUAAUCUUUUAAGUGCUAUCUGUUUCAACAAAGUCUCUUUAGGAUUAGUAAAGCUUCGUAACUGUAGUUUUUCUCGUGCAUACCUUUAUGGAUAUCGCGGGGAUAUUGAUAUUGCAUGUUCAGAUGUUAGUGAAGCAAACUUGAGAGGAAGUUCAAUUGUAAUUUCAAGAAGUAAAUUUUAGCACUGCUUGCUUGACGAUGAAAAAAAUAAUCACGAAAGGUGGAAUAGUUUCUAUUCAUAUACAUACACUGCUUUGCAUUUUUCUUCUAAUUCAAAGCUUUAUACUGGAUCUCUAAACGGUGGUUUAUCAGUUUUCUAACCAAAGAUUGACAACCCUAAUGGAAGUAAAGCAAAAAAAUCAAACAAAAAAAAUAAAGAUAGCCAAACAAAUAUGCUAAAUGUAGUUGAUCCUGUUUUUACUCCUAUUUAGUUUUGGAAUUUAACAAGCUUCUAAAGGCAAUUUUAAGAAGAAAUUAGAGCUGUUUGCUCUUAUAAAGAAGACAUAUAUUAUGCUUUCUUAAAUAUUAUUGCUCAUGUAAAUGAAUUUGGAGAGGAAAAAGAAGUUGUAAUUGGACAUCAAAAUAAAAUUAAUGACAUGGCAAUAAGUGAAGUUCACGCACAUCUAGCUACUGUAUCCAGUGAUCACACUAUUAGAAUUUGGAAAUUAGUCGAACCUGAAUCCAAAGAAAAAGGAAAAAAGUAGAAUGUUAAAAAUCCACAAACUUAAUAGCCAAAACCAAAAGCAGUAGGUGUGGCACAAGCUAAUGGAGAAAACGGAGCUGAAUAAAACUAAGAAAAUCUUGAUGAAGAUGUUGAAGAUUCCUUCGCUGAAAUGGAAUUACUACAAACUCUUACAAAUCACACAGCAGAAGUUCAAUGCUGUUCUUAUUCUUCCAAUGGAUUAUAUCUUGCUACUGGUUCGUACGAUACAUAAGUUUUGGUUUGGGAGAUUAAAAGCAAAUAUAACUUAAAAAAAACGUUAAGUGUUAAAAACGAUUGGAUUACUUCUUUAUAAUUCUCGUUUGACUCAUCCAUGCUUAUUGCUGGCUCAUCUUAAUCAUACAUUAAAAUAUGGGAUGCAACAGUCAAAGCUGAUUUUUAAGAUAUUUAAGUUUUUUCAACUAGGAAAUAAAGACGUGAUAGCAUGAUUCUUGGCAACACUCAAAAUAAAAACGACUGCAUUGGUGGUGUAUCGUGUGUAAGAAUGUCACCAAACAAUAAGAUGAUAGUAUUUUCGACAUUUGAAGAACCUGGUAUUCAAGUUUAUGAUUAAGUCAAAGGCAAGCAAAUAAAAUAUUAGCAAAGUACAGCUAGAAAAACUAUUUUCUUAGAUGAAUCAGUCAUGGGUUAAAAUUACACAACGUAAAGAAUGCCUUACUUUUUAGUAAAUAGUAUGCAAUUUUCUCCAGAUGGUAAAUAUUUAGCUGUUUCAUCAUCAAAUUCCACUCUUUGCUCAAUUUGGAGUAUUGACACUGGAUUUAAACCACCAAAGGAAGAGGGAUCUAAUCAAAAUCACACAGCCUUCGCAGUUAACUCAGUUAUUUCUCCAAAUAAAGUAGCAGCUAUGUGCAUAAGCAACGAUGGUAGAUACAUAGCCACAUGUGCAGGUUUAGCAAGUCCACACAAAGAUUCGUGCCGUAUAACCAUCUGGUCAAUCUUAAAAAGAGGAGAGUUAGCAAUUAUAAUAUAGACUCUAGACGAAGGUCUCCAUUCAUAGGCAAUAAGCAGUUUAUGUUUCUCUCCUGACAGCAACUAUCUAGUUUCCGCAUCCGAAGAUGACCACUUUGUGGUCUGGCAAAAUGUGCAUAAAACAGAAGACACAAUAGUUAACCAAUAAUUUUCACGUUAAAACUCUUAAGAUUCUAAAAGACAAUCACUAGGUUUAGCUAAUAUGAGACAUAUGAGUAUUUCUUCAACAAAUUUUAAUUAGCAAAUGUAUCUCGAACCAUUUAAAAGAGUUCAAGCACACAAAUAUCCUAUUAGCGCUAUUGCCUUUUCUGUGGAUGGAAAUUACUUGGUCACUUCCUCAUCUCAAGAAAAAUCAUGUAAAGUCUGGAAUGGGCAUACCUUUGACUUUUCUCAUUAAAUAGAGUGGGAAGAGUAAAUAGCCAUCUGCAAGCUUGAAUUUUCUUAGAAUGGAAAGUACUUAGCCACAUUGCCCUUGCCUUCUGUUGUAACAAAUACUGUUUCUUCUGUAUAUUAAACUAAAAAAGGCAACCGAAGCUUAACUGUUUAAAGAAAAUAGAGCAUCAUUUAAUAGCAAAAUGGAUAGAUGGCAUCUCUUUCAAAAUAAUAAUCUACAGUAAAUAUAUAGCUAUCUCCUCAAAAGUCUAAUUAAGUUCAGUAGAAUGAGUCAACAUCAUCGUGCUGCUUUAUUUGGAAUGCCAAUAAGAGAUUCUCGUAUAAUUGUAUAGUAGGUACUGUAAAAAAUAAAGAGGGACGCACAUUUUAGACCUAAAUAGUUUCAAUGUGUUUUUCUAAGUGCAGUACUAUGUUUGUUACAGGACAAACCAAUGGUCUUUGUAACAUUUGGGAUACUCAAAAUCAUUUCCACUUAGUAUAAUCGAUAGAUGCUCACUUUGGUUAGAUAACUCACCUUGCAUUUUCUAGUGAUUCUUAGAUGCUUGCUACAACAGCUUUAGACUCUACCUGCAAAAUUUGGCAUAUCCCAAAUAGAUUCAAUGAAAUAUCCUCCUUCUAUGUUCCAUAUGAAACAUCUGGCAUUUAAUUUGUUCGCCAAGGACACUCAAUCGCUGUAUCAUCAACUUCUGAUGAGUUUUGCCUAAAAUUCGUGGAUAUAUAUGCUCCAAAUUAUAGAAUGGAAGAGUUGCGUGCUCAUUCUUAGGCUAUAACUUAAGUAACAAUCUCAAAUGACGGUCGCUUCCUUUUGACAGCCUCACAAGAUAACACAGUCAGAAUUUGGGAUUUAAAAAAUCAUUUUAACUAAUACUAUAACAUCAAUUUAAAUUUCAGACAAAACUAAAACAAUAAAUCAAAUGCCAUGCAUACACUUUCUAAAUAAGAGUAGAACCAAGAUGAUGAAUAAAAUAAUGAAGCAAGAGAAAAUUAAGAGAAUAUUGUGAUGCAGGUUGCUAUGGAAUAAAGUAAAACUAAAAAAGGAGGAGAAAACAGAUAUGAAAAUUCUAACACUUAAUUCUCUAAAAGACAAAAUAACCCAAAGAUAAAGAACGAUUUUUAUUUAUCGAUUGAGAGAUACGAAGAUGAAGAGGAUUAUGUUCUAGAAACAGAAUAAGACGACGAUGAUGAUAAAAAAAGUUAGAAUUAGAAAUUGAAUAAUUCAAACAUAAAAAACCAAAAGAGAAAGAACUCAAUCUUUGCAGCUCCUAACUUAAAGCCUUCUUAAGUCUAUCAAAACAGAGUGAAAGAAUAGCACAAAGAUGAAAAUAUUGAUGAAUAGGACUAUGAUGAAAACAUAGGAGGAAUCAUUACUGCAGCAAUAUCCGAAAAAGGUACAUUCGUAUUCGUUGUAACUAAGGAAGAAAGCAAAUACGUUUAAUUAUAUGACCUCUCUAGAGGUGUAGAUGAUGUUAGAGAAUCAAUAAUAUUAAAAGAUCACACUGAUUCCAUAACAGCCUUGACUCUAUCAUAAAACGAUGACUAUCUCGCAACAGGCUGUGCUAAUACUGAAAUAAGAAUAUGGAAACGCACAAGCUUGAGUUUGUAUACCUGUGAAUUUGAGUUAGAAAAACUCAUAGAAGGUCGUCAUACAAAGCAAAUAUCUUGUUUGGCCUUUUCAAAUAAUCUAAAAUACUUUGCAUCUGGUUCGUGGGAUAUUACCUGUAAAGUUUAUAGUGUCGAAAAUGAAUUCUAAUUAUUGCACAAUCUAGAAGGCUAAUACGGUUACAUACUAUCAAUUGCCUUCUCUCCAUGCAAUGAAAAGUUAGCUAUAUCUUCUCGUGACUACAGUUGCUAUGUCUGGAAUCUUGACACUCGUUUGGUAGAAGAAGAAUUAUUUAACCAUCGCUAAGCUGUAACUACUUGUUCAUACUCUUCUCAAUAUUUAGUUACUGGUUCAAGAGAUUAAUCUUUUAUCUUACACGACAUCAAAAAUGAUUACAAACUUGCACGUAAAAUAGAAAAUUUACCUGCAUCAGUAACUAAUUGUAGCUUAUCACCAGAUGGCAAGUAUCUCAUAAUUGGAUUGUAAAACAGUCUUAUACAAAUUUGGGAUAUACAAAAUGUGUAUGAUUUGACAACUGAAAUUAAAAAUGAUGAAAUUUACAAAUAAGUUUGCCAAAUGGAAAGUGAAUUAAAUGGAGAAAAUAUUGAAUUGAAUUUAUCAAUAGGAAAAAUGAGUGUCUGUAAUUUUAUCUCAGACGAAUACAUAAAUGAAGAAAGGAAAAAAACCUAUGCAGAAGAAAUGAGUGAGUCAUAGCACAAAGACAUGAUAAACUAACUGCCUUAAUUAAAAAGAGAUUGCAUAGGGAAUGUAUUAAAAAAAUAAUAUCCUUAAUAUUCAGAUUAAAAUAACUUAGAAUUUGAUAUUGAAUACACAAAAGAUGGCCGUAUUUUAAUCAUAAUAGCCAAAUAUCCAAUCUGCGUAGUUACUCUUUGA